AUGAGGGCUGCGCAGAGCUUUGGGGCUGACAGAGAGCGGAGCGUUGCUCCCACCUCCCAUCGCCGCGUCCGUCCAGGAGGAGGAUCGGCUCCGCGGUGGUGGUCCCGGUCGUGUCCCCGCGACCCCGGCAGCCCGCAGCGAGCGGCGGAGCGGAGCGGAGCGCUGUGCCACCCCCGGGAGGAGCGGGCGGGGCGGGUGGCCCACGGUGCCAGAAAAUUGGCUCUGAAAUAUCAUCCCGACAAGAACCCCGACAAUCCAGAGGCUGCCGAAAAAUUUAAAGAGAUUAACAAUGCUCAUGCAACACUGACUGAUCUCUCCAAGAGAAACAUAUAUGACAAGUAUGGAUCCUUGGGGCUCUACGUGGCAGAACAGUUCGGGGAGGAAAAUGUUAACACGUACUUCAUGCUCUCCAGCUGGUGGGCAAAGGGUCUGUUUGCAGUCUGUGGCCUCCUGACGGGCUGCUACCUCUGUUGCUGCCUCUGCUGUUGCUUCAACUGCUGCUGUGGAAAGUGCAAACCCAAAGCACCCGAAGGGGAAGAACAGGAGUUCUGUGUGUCUCCAGAAGACUUGGAAGAGCAAAUUAAGAACGACAUGGAAAGAGAUGGAGAAACUCCUAUUGUGCUUCAGCCGACAAAUGCAACUGAAAAGACGCAGCUCAUAGGGGACAGCCAUCGGAGCUACCGCACAGACUCCUAGAGCCGGCACACACAGCCUGGUGGUGCUUCCCAGAGGGUGUCACAGCAAGGAAAAACGUAUGACAAGCUCUGCAGCCUGUUCCUGUAACUAAUGAAGAGUAACCUCAGAGUAAUUUCCUGUCAAGACAGAAUCUCCCUCUAAGCCACUUCAAGUAGUUUCAGAUCUACUCUCUGCAAAGAAAUGCCUACAGCCAGUGCAGAGCUCUCACUGGUUCAGACUGCCCUCUUGGCACCAUCUUCCCUCUGCAAUGCUCACCUUGGUGCAACUGCUUUUCUCUCCAGCCCUCAGCUGGGGUUUCACCUCCCAGACAUGGUCCCGAGCCCUCUCCAGACACACCAGCCCCAUCUCUCUGUGCCCUGGGGAAGAUUUCCCUCAAAGGAAAAUCAGUGGCAAGGCUGGUGGGGCUUCUGCAAAGUAGAAGCACUCUCUGGAAAGCAAGCAACGCCUUAGUGAUAUCAGCCCAAUUCUGGCAACUGGAAAUCUGAGCCAGGGUGAUUUGCUCCAGGGUCAUUCAGGUGGUGUUAACAAGGCAGAUGAGUCCAAACCCAGAAGCACCAACCAGAAUGAUGCGCAUGCAGGCUCUGUGUUCUCCUGCACACGUGCAGACCAUGCCUGCACAAGCUGCAAACACCCUAGGGAGAGGGUUGCUGGGCUUGGGUUCUCCUAUCCCCACCGUCACAAAGCUUUCCCAUUCCUGCAUGGAUAGGUCUGCUGCUCAUGCCAUGCAGCCUCAGCUUUUCCAUUUGCAGCUGCAAUGUGCUGGAAGUUGAUACCCAGCCAAGAGCUUUCUGCGGCCUUGCUCACUGCACGGUGCCCUGGCCACAGUCCACACCACCCUGCUGGCACUGGGAUUGCAUUCAUGCCACAUGUGCUGCCUUGUGGGACAGUGAGGACUUGGAAGGGCAGAGGAGCAAGCAUCCUCCUGGCAGUGUUUGUCCUUAGGUGAGCCUGGGUCCUCCUCUCUUCCCCAGCACAGGGGCUUUAGAACAUAUUGCAUGGCUUUAAAUAAAGAGGUAGGGAUGAGAAGCACACUGACAGUGAUAUCCUUGAGUAUACAAAACACUCGGUUUUGAGCAAAAAUGUGAUGCAUGUGCACUUCUGAAAAAUGAAUCAGGUGUAUACCACUGUGCAAAUCAGUGGAGUUACAUGUGAGUACACCUAAAGCAAGCAUAGAGAAAUGAGACCCCUAAUUUGUAAGAGAUAAAGAAGAAACUCUGAGAUCUUAAACUUAGAACUUCGCUCAUUUAACACAGUAGUUUAAGGCUUAGACAGAUGAAUUUCACUUUAUUGAUCAUGUUACAUCAAUCACUGUCAGUUCUCUACAUUUGCUAUUUUUGUUCCUCUAAUCACAGUGCUUUGGCUCAAAGGGGGAAGUAAUGUACCACUAAAUAUAGAGACCAGUCAACGUAUAGCUAGUCAAAAAUCUUAUUCUCUUUAAAAUUGGAUUCUGUGGCUGUGAAACAUUAUUGUCCUCCUUCUAUUCUCACCUUUCACAUCAAAUAUCAUUUAGUGGCAGCUAAAUUUAUGAGAAAAGAGUGUGUUUCAUAGCACUAGCAAUCACUCCGAGUCAAGAAGUACUACUUUCAACAUUUCUUUAAAAUUCCCACAAUGCAUGGAUAUUUAAAAAUCUAUCAACUCUAGUUCAGAGUACAUGUCUGUUCUCCAGGCACGGGCACUGGGGCCACCUGAUGCUCACAUUGUCCUCAAGGAAAUCUUCUACCUGUGAAGUCCCUCGUCUUGCUCCCAUGGAACCAGCCUUGGUUUCACCAGCAGCCACAGAUCAGGCCUGAAGCCAGGGAAAGAGGGGUAAAUCCCAGAUUAGUAAAAGUAUUUUGGCAAUUUUAUUCACAGACAACACCCUUGAUGGCCCUCAGGACCCCAGUAUAUGUGCCAGAUCCCAAGUUUACUGAAAUCAAGGAAAUGAUUUCCAUGGGCUGGAGAAGUACCGUAAGUCAUGUGGUUCUCAUUCACUCUUUCUAAGUAAGAGAUUUUGCUUGGGAAAGAUUUAUGACUCUAACUUGCAGAGUGAUGCAAAUACAAGCGAGCUGCUGCAUGUUUGCAAAGCCCUUUUACUGACAUGAGGAUCUGAACAGAAGAACCACAAAAUGUGACAGCCAAAAGCCCCAAACAAACCAUUGGCUGAACCUCUGAGUUGGUUCCUCUGGAUUUAUAGCUUGAAAACCUGAACCACAGUUUGGCUUCAAAAAGACAAGGUGGAUUUCAGGGUAGCAGAGCAUUUGCCACUCUCCCUGCUGUCAGGAUCAGCCGAUUUGAGGACAUGUGGAGAAAGGAUGAAUAAGGAUUUUAGGAUUCAGCCGUCCCAUGUGGGUUCACUUGUUUUGCUUUUCAAAAAAGCUGCUAAAGGGAACACAGCUGUGCUUACAUGACCUGUUUUUAUGUAAAACUCAGUCGCAUGCCCAUUAAUUUUCUCAAAAUGUACAAUUCCUCAAUUUUUCGUUCUGUUGUGCUGCUUUUCUUUGGAUGUAAAGUGCAAUGUAUUCCAACCUACCUUUCCUGUCAAACCCUCUGACUAAUAAAGCUUGCA